ACCCAACACACACAAUACACGAUGGCCGAUGAUGAAGAUAAACCAAAGAAGCACACGCUGGACAGCCUGUUCUUGGUGUAUUCCAACUUCCAGGUCAUACCCACCGACAUCGAGAACGAGUACUUCGACAGCAUACUCCUCUCGCAGUUGGACGCCUGGCUGGAGCAGGCCAAGCUCAUGCCCAAUCCCAUAACUCGAACUCAGACCGGUCUGAUAUACAUGCGAUACAAGAAAUGGCGUUUGGAGUACGAAGACUUUCUGGAGGUCCUAAACAAUUUGGCAUCCGAUAACAAUCUGCCUAUAGAUGACAUGAAGCAAACAAUGAUCGAUGCUGGAGUCCCGAAUGGCGCUGAUGUGGUCAUAGUCGUCAAGUAGAUUGAAUCAUCACUGCAUU